CAUAAGGGCAGAGAGCGGGAGACUUUGCUUUAUGGUAAAGGAGGUGCUGGAGGCAAAACAUAAGGGCAGAGAGCGGGAGACUUUGCUUUAUGGUAAAGGAGGUGCUGGAGGCAAAACAUAAGGGCAGAGAGUGGGAGACUUUGCUUUAUGGUAAAUGAGGUGCUGGAGGCAAAACAUAAGGGCAGAGAGUGGGAGACUUUGCUUUAUGGUAAAGGAGGUGCUGGAGGCAAAACAUAAGGGCAGAGAGCGGGAGACUUUGCUUUAUGGUAAAGGAGGUGCUGGAGGCAAAACAUAAGGGCAGAGAGUUGCUUUACUGCGAGAUCUGCUCCAGGCCCAAUGUGAUCCAGUUACACAAAGUGACAACCUGAAACCUGAUGACUUGUACUUUGUGACUCACAAACCUGUUUAGUGAGAGACACAGAAUGGAGCCCAGCUGGCCCAGGAUACUCGUGCCCAUCUCACUGUAAUACUAGCCACAUACACUGGCACAAACUGCGGGUACAAGUCAGCUGACAUGUCCCAAUUCACAUGUGAUUUGUCACAACCAAUUAAUAUAAAUAUACUUGCUGCUCUUUCCUUAUGUACAUGAUACAACACACGCUACUGUACAUGAUACAACACACGCUACUGUACAUGAUACAACACACGCUACUGUACAUGAUAUAACACACGCUACUGUACAUGAUACAACACACGCUACUGGACAUGAUACAACACACGCUACUGUACAUGAUAUAACACACGCUACUGUACAUGAUACAACACACGCUACUGUACAUGAUAUAACACACGCUACUGUACAUGAUAUAACACACGCUACUGUACAUGAUACAACACACGCUACUGUACAUGAUAUAACACACGCUACUGUACAUGAUAUAACACACGCUACUGUACAUGAUACAACACACGCUACUGUACAUGAUAUAACACAUGCUACUGUACAUGAUACAACACACGCUACUGUACAUGAUAUAACACACGCUACUGUACAUGAUACAACACACGCUACUGAACAUGAUAUAACACACGCUACUGUACAUGAUAUAACACACGCUACUGUACAUGAUACAACACACGCUACUGUACAUGAUAUAACACACGCUACUGUACAUGAUAUAACACACGCUACUGUACAUGAUAUAACACACGCUACUGUACAUGAUACAACACACGCUACUGUACAUGAUACAACACACGCUACUGUACAUGAUACAACACACGCUACUGUACAUGAUACAACACACGCUACUGUACAUGAUACAACACACGCUACUGUACAUGAUAUAACACACGCUACUGUACAUGAUACAACACACGCUACUGUACAUGAUACAACACACACAUGUAUUGGGUGACGGUUAUUCUGAUGAGCUGUAAACUGAGCCUGAUGCAAAAAAGAGAGAGAGAAAUAGCAGAAGUGAAGUGCAAAUAAAAAGGAAGAGGGACAAGGGGAGGGGACACACUGUUUCCUUUCAGCACGUAAAGACCAGACAGACAGACGCACAGACAGACAGACAAGAGAAGUCGUAUCAUUGGUCAGAGUUGGGCUGGAAAGAGCCGAGAGUCACAGAGGAUUCUGCGUCUCAGCCAUAAGUAACUUCUGAUGGUUUCCUGACGCCAUUGCAAUGGAAGAAAGUGAAUCACAAGCCCCUGUGCCCCCCCAUGGGAUCUCCUUGGUAUCCUCCCCCGUUCGGGCGGUCAUACGAAUUCGCAGAAAGAUCCGGACGAUGAAAAAGAGCCGUCUCCAGGUGGACCUGACCGGAGAACGUUCUUUGGACAGCGCCAAGGCGUCUUUACGCCGUCAGAUUUCCAUGGACAGGGCCUCCUUAUUUAAGUCGUCCACCUAUGAAAAACAGCAGUAUUUUAAUUUUGACACGCCCACGUUGGAGAAACUGGCAUUGACUAGCCAAAUCCGCAAAAGGAAUCGCAACAAGUCGAGGCACGUUCUGUACCCCGGCAACGUUAGAAAGUGUCUCCCCGUUGAGCAGAAGAGCAAGGCCAAGCGUUGUCUUCUACUCUUCGUAGGGAUCGUUUGCUUUCAGAUCUUCAACGCCAUCGAGAACUUGGACGAUAACCUUCAGAAAUAUGAUUUAGAUGGACUGGAAAAGACUUUGCAGAGGGAGGUGUUUGGGCAAACAAGAGCCAUUGAGAAAUUAAUGGACCACUUGAAGGAUUAUCUAGCCACACAUUAUCACAACAAGCCUUUAGUUCUUUCAUUUAACGGGCCCAGUGGGGUCGGCAAGAGCCACACAGGCCGAUUGUUGGCCAAACAUUUCCGUUCGGUUGUGGAUAACGAUUUUGUUCUUCAAUAUUACACCAAUCACAACUGCCCCAAUGAGAGUGAUGUCAUACAGUGCCAAGCGGAGGUGUCUGCUAUGAUAUCCCAGAUGAUCUCCAGGGCUGAGAUUGAGGAGAAGAUCCCUGUGUUUUUAUUCGAUGAGGUAGAGGCCAUGCCCGUGGCACUAUUGGACGUGUUGCACAGUUACUUCCAACUCAAUCAAAGUAACGAGUAUCUGAACGUCGUGUAUAUCCUUAUCAGCAAUAUCGGGGGCCACGAGAUCACCAAGUUUGUUCUGCAGAAUGUUUCCAACGACUUCUUCAACCUUCCCCAGGAACUCCACCAGAUUGUGCUCAGCUCCCUCCGGAAACAUCACUCGCUCUGGGACGUUGCUGAGAUUGUUCCUUUUACCCUCUUGGAGAAAAGACACAUUUUGGAUUGUUUCUUAGAUGAACUGCUACGGGAAGGCUUUUAUCCAGACCAUAGUAACAUCGAGAGCCUAGCGGGGCAGCUCCGGUACUACAUUAAGGGAAACCAGGAGUUCUCCAUCUCGGGGUGCAAACAGGUUGUGGCCAAGGUCAAUCUUCUACAGCCGUAUACAUGAAUGUUAUACAGGCAAAACCAAACAUGUUCUGCCCUAGUUAUACUUGUAAAUAAUAAAGUUAUAUUCCACUUUGA